CUUCUACCGCCACCUUUGGCCCGCCUUAAAAACGAAACUGUGGGAGGGUUUAAUUUCAGCACGCAGAUCUCACGGGACAAACUCGCUGCUCACGUACAUGGAACUUGGCCAUGGCGUCUACACUGAAGAGUCUGGCUAAUGAUGAUAACAGGUACCAGAAAUCCUUCAAGCUUUUUCUGGAACGUUCGUCUGAACAUCAGUGUAUGCAGGACUUCAUCCACUCUCAGCUACCAGAUAUACUGGCCAGCAUUGGAAAGGGAAAGUCCCAUCUAAAUGUCAUUGGAGUUGGAAGUGGAGCUGGUGAGAUUGACCUCGAGAUGCUCUCCGAGCUGCGACUGAAGCACCCGGGGGUGACGGUGGAUAACGAGGUGGUGGAGCCCAGUGCCCAGCAGCUACAUAACUACAAAGUUUUGGUGUCGCAGAAACCAGGCUUAGAUUAUGUCAAAUUCAGCUGGAACAAGAUGACUGCCUCUGAGUUUGAGGAGCACUGGAAAGCAAAAAAGAUGACUAAGAAGGCUGACUUCAUUCACUUGAUACAGAUGCUGUAUUAUGUGAAGAAUCCUGGAGCGACCGUCAGCUUCUUCCAGAGUCUCCUCGACAAAGAUGGGAAGCUUCUUAUCAUUCUUGUGUCUGGUGAGAGUGGUUGGGGAAAACUGUGGCAGAUUUUCAGGAACCAGCUCAGUAACACAGAAAUGAGUCAGUGUGUGACCACUGCAGACAUCAAAAGCUACCUGGACUCAAAGGGUGUGAGCUACCAGAGCUAUGAUCUGCCAUCUCAGAUGGAUAUCACCGAGUGUUUCACAGAGGGGGAUGAGAAGGGAGAGCUGCUGCUUGAUUUUCUCACUGAGGUGCUGGACUUCAGCAAGACGGCUUCACCUGAGCUUAAAGCUGGUGUCCUGGAGUUACUCCGGCAUCCAGACUGUAGUGUGGAGUCCAAUGGCAAAGUUAUCUUUAACAACAACCUUGGAGUUAUAGUCAUAGAUCAGCACACUUAAAACAGGCUGUUAAUUGAUUGUGGAAUUUGCAGUAGCUCCAAAACAUAGUUGGUUUUUAAUUUUUGAUAAAUUAAUUUUUUAAAAAGUUGUUUCAAAUUGUAUUGUUUGUAAUUGACAUACAGUAUUAGCAAGCUUUUAGCCCAUGAGGGAAAUGUCUCCCAUCUCCUGCCUAAACUGCAAAAGUCUAUUUUGAUAAUAUUUGUUUUCUGUUCAUACUGAAGCUCUUCAUUUCAGUAUGAUGUAUUAUUUAUUAAUUGUGCAUAAUCUUCUAUCUAAUCUUUGUGUGUUCACCAUGAAAGUGACUUGAUUGUGUUUUGUUUUUCUAAGCACUUUUGACUUCAUUGUUGUGAGCCGUCCAAACAAAAAUGUAGGUAGAGUAAUAUAGUUUUAAUCAGCCUCCAAUCCCAUUGCACUGCACUCAUCGGAUCAUAUUACUUAAAAAUAAAUGGAAAAUUUCACAAGUUUUCCACAGAUAUAUCGAGAUGUUCAUUUUAGGUAAACUAAAAAAAAAUAUAUAUGUGUUUGCUUUUGAAUGUUACACAUUGAACAAAUUACAAACUUGCUUGGAAUUACUGUGAUCUCCUUUCCAUGUCAAUCAUUGUUUGACUUUAAAAUGCACACAUUGUUAAUACAUAACUUCUACAAAUUGACAACCUGCCAUAUUCACAUGGAUACAUGCUAUGUGUUGGUUAGAUAAACACAGAAACAAGGGUUCUCGCUGUUUGUCCAGCCAGAACAAUAAAGACACACAUAUAUAUAUAUAUGUAUGAGGUUUUGGCACCAUCUUGAGGGCAGCAUAAGCAGCUGUAAAAUGCAGGACAGAUUAAAUAAAGGGCAAAUAAAAUAACUAAAGCAGAUCACUGAUCACCUACAUGAAAGUAACUGACACCUGCACACACAGACACACGAGUCUAGAACACUAACGUUAAAAUUACCUGCAAUACUGCCGUGAAAACUACAAGCUAACCACACACACGCACAGAUCAUGGCCAGAGGUAUCUGCAUUAAAGUGCCAUUAACUGUGGGUACAACUGAGCCUGUUUACUGGGUUGUUUUUAUUUUUUAAUGUUGCCUGUGGUCUGCAAAGCAUUCAAAACAAGCUUGAAAUCCAUCAUUUCUCCUCUUUGUAAAAAAUCUGCUUUCACUGCUCUCAUAACCUACAUUCAAAAUCUCUCAGCUUCAACUCAUAAAAUGUGUGCUGUGAAAGACAGUUAGCAUUCAGAUGCUCCAGUGGACAGUAGCAGAAAAGGGUUCAACUCCCACGUGUGAAUCCUUCCAUAUUUGGGAAGAACAUACCAACUUGCCAACUUUCCUGAACAUUGUGAAAUAAAAAAAAGUUCAUGACAUGAUAGACUGCGUGAUGGAUUGCAUGAGCUCAAUGCUGACACAGUGGUUAAUGCAUAACUCAUGACUGAUUCAGUGCUUCAGGCGGGACAUUUUGCACAGGCUAUUGGAGUCGUUAUUUUCCAGAGGGAGUCCCUUUGCUAAAAGUUACUUUCAUUCUUUCUACAAAGCUUUUAGGCCAAAUUGGUUAUUCAAAGUCGAUGAUCAGGAUCAUUCUCAAGACCAUUUGUAAGGGGUUUUUUAUCCAGCAUAUCCUGUUAAAUGCAGUCCAGACGUCCGACAUCUCCGAUCUAAAAGGACAAAACAGAAUUCAUACUGAAAGUGUUUUCACAACCUGGAAACCCAGAUGUUGUUGCUUAUUGUUGUUGCUUUUGUUUACCUGACUUGUAAAACAGUAGUACAUGACUUAUGAACCAUUAAUAAAGCAAUCAUUUACAAUUUA